AUGCACAGAUUUACUUAUAAUACCAGAACGCGUUCAAACACACCGCAUAGUGAAAAAACUGUCCAAACGACUCCAACAACCCCAUUUGUGACCAGUCCACUGUAUCCCGAUUAUGACAAACCGAUCCAUCCCAGUUUCCAAACUGUCUUCGCCAAACUUAGUCACAUUGCUCGUCUUGCCAACGCCAUCCAAUUACAGUCGGAGAUAAUGGAACAGGACGACGUCGACAGCUCAAUAAAUCGACUUCUGAACAAUAAUGGGACAAGAAGCAUUCAGACGUUAAACGUGACUCAAUUAAAAGAAUUUCGAACGGAUUUCGAAAGGGAUAUCAAUUCAAUUGAAACAACUUAUGAAACAAAGGACGCAGAGAUGGUCAUCAAAACUUGUGAGAAAAUCCGCUUCGACACAAUCGAUGUGUCAUAUGAUUUUCCCAAUCGAACAAGUUUUUAUAAGUCUUUGGAUGACUUUUACGCGAAUUUCAAACCUGAAGUUGUCACGAAAGCUUUCCGACCCGUUCAAUUUUACUCAACUUGUGUCGGAGAAAUUGAGAAAAUGUCUCCAAGCUGUUCCGAAAAGAUUUCUUACAUCAUUAAAAAUAUUCUCGAUCUAUACGAUCACAUUGCUAAUCUGGAGGAUUUCAGGUAUUUCUAUUCGGUGUACCAACGGAAUCCAGUGUUGAAAAACGCUAAAAAAGUACUAGAAUUGAUCAGUCUCCGAUUGAAAUUGCCACUGGUUAACGAAAGAAUGCAAGAAAUAGUCACACUGAUCUUCAGUACUUUAAGUCAAAUUAAAACGGCGAUGGAGAAAAAUGGGAAGGAUUUGGAAUUUAUUGGGAAUGCAAUUCCGAUGUUUUCAAAUAGCUCAAUGGAAGGAUUCUUGGCAAUUAAAUUGUUGUAUACGGAAUUGAAAGAAGAUGGAAAGAGGAGAAAGUUAUUGAAAGCUUUAAAACCAAUUUUUGACACACAGAGCAAAUCAAAAGUCACAUUUCCAACAUCGUGGAAAGCUCUCAAAAAUAUUAAAACGCUGAAAAAAAUUAUGAAGACUAUUUCAUUAGAAAUUGAGCAAAAAUCGAUAAUUCUGGAGUACAAAAAAUGUUUCGAAAGAGGAUUUCAGUUCAAAUUAUCUGAAAUCACUGAAGCUUCAGGAAUAAUUGAUCAAGCAGAGAAGAUAAUUGAAAGUUUUAAGGAAUUUUCAAAAAUCGCGGAGGCUAUGAAGAGAACUUCACGUUCAGAUAUAAUGAAGUGGAAUGAUGCACAAAGCGCGGCGAAAGAGCUCCAGAAAUUAUUCAACAAUUUCAACGCGAGUCCUCUUAGCAAAAACGUCAAAAAUUUCUUAGUUAGCAAGGGAAAAUUGGAUAAAAUUUUGGAUCCUGCUAAAAAAGAGAGCAACGUUCACAACUGUUUGAAAAAUAUGGCUGAAGAUUCGGAAGAAGCUUCUCGAGUUGUUCGAUUGGGUCGAUCACUCAAAGAAUGGUUUGGAAGGAAAGAGUUUGAAGGUUUGGGAGAAUAUAUCGAUCAGAUUGAAGUUUCUACGAAAAAUUUGGAGUCAAUAGUAGAGGAGAUGAGGGAUCGAGAAGCAAAUGAAAACCUCACUCAAGAACUUUCCAAAAUAGACAAAUCUCUGGCAACUAAAAUUGGUCGUGCUGUGGCAGGAAUGAAGAAUGUUCUAGAAGUGAAGAAUAUUGGUUUGGUGGAGGAUCUUGAAACAUAUAAGGAUACUGUAUUCAAGGAGAUUGAUAAGAUUUUGGUGUCAGCUGGGAAAGAUGAGUUGCGCAAAAAGUGGGCAGCAGUUGAUGAUGUUAUCAAUCGACUGAAAUCUGGACUCUCGUUUUUCUCAAGUUUCACCAAUGAAAUUGAUGCUCGAAAUAUUAGUCACAUGGAAAGUAUUACGGAUUACGGUACAAUUUUUAUUGGAUUUGAUGGAAUGCCUGAUAUGAAAGUGGAUGAGUCAAUUGGAGAAGUACUGGAUGUUGUGGUUGGUCACAAUGUAACGUUGCUCGAGCUGAGAGGGAAAGUGAUGAGAGUGAGCUCGCUGGAUCUGGAAUUUUCGAAACACAAUUUGCGAUGGGUUCCGAACGUUUUUAGGAAGUUUGAUGAGUUUUUGAAUAGGUUUUUGGCGGAUGUUCCAGUUGUACCUCCGGCGAAGAAAGAAAAAGAUCCAGCUGCUAUCCAAAUGAACUUUUCAUGUCCCGUUUCUUCCAGACUCCUCUACCUUGCUCUCCUCCUCAUCUUUCUUGCUAUCAUCUCCCUCAUCGUCUUCUUUCUUCUCUGGCACUACAAAAAACUAUGUUUCAAAAAGAAAUGGGAAGUGUGUCCAGUGAUCGAUUUAGAUGAAAAUGACCCACAAGUCGUCGAGCUUACUGAAGACUUGAUUGUCAUACUUGUUGUCAGACAAUCCAUUGGGCCACACUCUCAAAAGUACAUUCUGUGGGCGGGGCUUAUGAAAUUAGUUGAUACCGAGAAGCGGGAUGAGAGCCGCCCGUAUCCUUAUAUCAAUUUGUCACCAAGGAAGUAUCUUGACCCAGGCAUUCCGCUUAUCCCGGGGAACGCACUUCAAUCUAUUCGAAUUCAUGGAAACUACAUUAAGACUCGACUCGGAAAUGAAUUCUACGCCUGCCAGGGACCAACGAACGCAUCGGAGACUCACGAUGACACUCGUAUUGAUCUACUCGCUCUGAUCUUCAAAGAUGAGGUGGAAUGUGUGGUGAUGCUUGGCUCGACUCGUCUCCCCGGUGGCUGGAGCCUAAUUGAUGGAUUAUAUUUCAUGGAAAAUGAGCGCGGUUCAAUGGAAAUUGGUCCGUAUACUGUAGAGACUGUGAACUCGGAGCCAUUGGUUGUAGAAGGAGAGCCUGGAGAGAAUGUGACUUGUAGAAAACUGAAAAUCACGAAUAGAAAGAAGAAGGUGUCUAGAGAACUUCAACAUUUCCAGUACGCCACGUGGAAUGAUAACGAUAUUCCACCAGGUGGAUGGGAAACGGCGUAUCGAGUUAUGCGAAUGGUGACAGGUUCUAAAAAACCAAUUAUUGUCCAUUGCACGAAAGGAAUCGGAAGGACAAUGUGUUUCAUCGGUUUGGAAUACACGUCACAAUUGCUGGUAGCUCAUGAGAAUUGGAGUUUUGAGGAGGUAUUCAAGAAGCUCAUCGAAAAACGAUAUUGCUCAUUCCAAAAUACCCGACAAAUCGGGUGGUUGCAUGUGGGAAUGGUGUACUUUAUUACACGAAAAUAUAAUUUGGAUAUGUACAUGGUUAAGGAAAUGGAAAAGGUGUUCAAGGAGAUGAUAAUUAAUAAGACUGGAAUCCCGAAGGAUGGCAAAUUUUGA